AUGAAAAAUUUUAUUAUUUUAACAUUUAUUUGUUUAUUUGUAUCAUUUGUAAAAUGUGGUUUACCAGAAAUUGAAAUAAAUUCAAUUCAAACUUUAAUUGAAUUAUAUAAUGUCCCACAAUUUGGUGGUUGUGAUUCCGGGGUAUGUGACUAUUGUAGCCAACCUCUUUAUUUUCUUUGUGAUGAAACAAAUACAAAUAUAAAUAAAAUCCAUUUAAUUGGUAGCGGUCCAAUUUUAAUUGAAUUUCCUGACGUUUUAAAAAAUUUUUUAUAUUUAAAAUUAUUACAUCUUGAAAAUUCAAAAUCACCAAAUCUUAUUAUAGGAAACUCAAUCUUUAUUUCAGAAUUAAUUUUAAAUAAUUGCAGUCUUGAUUUUUUGCCUCCAGCAUUUUCUUUUUCAUCUAUAACUAUGAAUGAUGUAUCGUUUAAUGGUGAUUUAGAUAUAUCAAGUCUUAUGGGUCUUCAAGUUUUCAAGUUAACAUAUUCAAACUCAUUAAUGAUGGGAAAUUAUAGUUUAACUAAUAAUAGAAAUGUAGUUUUAAGAACAGGAAUACUUGAAAUAACUUUAAAUAAUUUAUUAGAUUUUACAGUAGUGUCAUCAGAUUUUACAAUUAUAUUAGGAAAAUAUUUUAAUGAAUCAACUAUGAUGUCAUUUCCUUUAGUUCAAAGUAGAAAAUUAAAAGUGAUUGAUGAAUAUUAUAAUUUACCAAUUAGAUUUCCAGAAACGAUAAAAAUAGAGGCAAAAACAGUUGAAUUUGAAAAAAUUAACUUUGAUACAUCAUACAAUUUAAAUUUUUCACAUUUACUAUUUUUAAAAGUACUUUCAUUUAGUAGUUGUUCUGGUAUUAUAGAUACAUUUUCACAAUACCCAAGGGUCAUUUUUGGUGAGCAAACUUAUGAUACAAUAAAAUAUUUAAAUUGUGGAUUAAAUAUACUCCCACCAGAUUCAUAUUUUCAAGGUAAAUUCUUAGGAAUUGAUUUAAGUAAUAAUAAUAUUACAAGUGAAUUACCAAAUAUUUUCCAACCAAAUGAUACACGACCCCCAUUGAAUAUGGUAUUUGGUAAUAAUAAGUUUUAUGGUGUUAUACCUCCAAACUUUUGUUAUCAUGCUUUUAAUAUUUCAUAUAAUAAUUUCCAAACAGAAUUACCAAUGUGUUUUAUAUGUCAUUAUUACUCAAUUAAAGAUAGUUUAAUGGGGAAUAAUUAUACAAACAUGGUUAAUGGUAAACUUCCAAAUUGUACAGGAAUAAAGUUCACUUCAAAUGCUGUAUUUGCAUUGAACGAAUAUUCAUUUGUUGAAGGAGAGAAUUUAGGUUGGAGUUAUGCUAAUCAAGAAAAUAUACUUACGACUCCCUAUGUCUCUCUAACUACGUUUAUACCAAAUAAAAAAAUGAAAAUUUACUUUUCAACAAUGGCUUCAUAUCCGAUAUUAAAGAAAAAUAAUUUUACAGUAAAUUUAUUUUAUAAAGAAAUUCCAUUCAAUACAACUAUUAAUGUUGAAAUAAGUCCACCAAUUAUUAAAGGUAUUUUCCCAGAUCCUCCAAAUAUGUAUAGUUCAAGUUUUAUGAUUGUUGGUACAGCACUUCAAUCGGAUGGAGCACCAUAUGAAAUUCCAACUAUUUAUUUCGAUAAUAUGCAAUGUAUUGUUAAAUAUGUUACAAGUUUAAGUCCUUAUUGUACAAUUAAUAGUUUUAUAGCAGAUAAAAUCUAUAAUGUUAGCUUUUAUUUACCAUCAACAAACUUGACAUCUGAAAUAUAUCAAUAUAAUUUCACAAGAAUUUCUCCAUACAUUUUUGAAAUAAUUUCACCAAAAAGAGAUCAAGGUGGGUUAGUCCAAUUUUUAGGUUAUUUUUCAGGUUUCACCACCCCAAGUGUUGAAAUUGGUGGUAACGUUUUAAAUGUUCUCUUUUAUAAUAUAACAUUAAUAACAACAUCGAUUGGAGCUGGUAGUGGACCUUUGUUAUAUAAUAUCACCUUUGACAAUCUUGUUAGUCAUAGUGGUAAAUUUAGAUACUCUGAUGAUCCAAUCUACUGUGAUUUUUGUAAUGAAUUUAAUGGUGGUGGUGUUUGUAAUACUACAAUUGGAAAAUGUGAAUGCUCAAAUAAAUAUCAAGGUAGUACAUGUACGAUCACAUCUCAAUAUGUAUCAUCAAUCAUUCCAAGUUCAACUGAAGGUGGUUUAGCAAUAUUCAAUGGUUGGUUUGGUAAUGAUCCUCAUAAUAAUUUAAAAGUAUUCAUUGGUGAUAAACAAUGUUUACCAAUUUUCACAACUAAUGAAACUACAAUCACUUGUGAAGCACCACCAGGUGAUGGAAUAUUCACUAUUCAAGUUAAUCAAAAUUCUGUUGAUUAUACUUUAAAAAAUUCAUAUGAAUAUUUUAAACAAAUUAAAGAAUGUCCAAAUGAUUGUACUUCAAAAAUUAAUGGUCAAUGUAAUAAAACCACUGGUUUUUGUAAUUGCUUUACAAAUUGGUAUGGCUUCGAUUGUAGUAUUUUUAGUAAUCAAUCACCAAAUUCAAAUACAUCAAUUGAUUAUAAUAAUGGUAAUACAAAUAUUACAAAUCAAGAGACAAUCUUUCAAAUUUCAUUUUAUUCACUAUUAGAAAUUGAUAUAAAUGGUAAAACAGUAAAUGAAUAUCAAUUAAAUAAUAAUUGGAUAAUUAAUAAUAAUAAUAGUAAUAGUAAUCAAUUUAUUUAUUCAUUUAUUCAAAGUAUUCAAAAUAAUGGAUCUUGUAAUAUUACAUAUAGAAUUGAAGAGAUUCAAGUUGAAAAGAAUAUAUCUUUUGCAGGUAUUGAUUAUUCAUUGGAAGGUGGUUCAAUAAAAACAACUAUAUUAAUUGAAAAUUAUAAAUAUUCAAGUAAUUUAAAUACACUACAAUUACAAUUUAAAUCUUUAGCUACUAGUAAUAAAAAUAUUGAUAAUGAUGAUGAAUGUGACAUCAAUGAAAAAGAUACAAUAAUUGAUAGUAAUCAACAAGGUUAUGUUACUAUUAUAAAGAAUUCAAAGAUAUUAAUUGGUAGAUUUUUAAAUAGAAUCAUUUCUGAUGGUAAAUCAACAUUUAUUUCAACAUCUUUAAUUUCAAAAAGUAAUGAUUCUGUCAUUGUUGGAAUGAAUUUACCACAUUGCAUAAAUUGUUUUAUUGAUCCAGAUUAUUCAGUUUUGGUAACACCUAAUUUCAAAUCAGAUUGUGGAAAUUCUGAAAAUAAUAAAAAACAGUGGCUUAUUCCGGUAGUUGUUGUCGUUCCAAUUAUUGCAAUUUCUUUAAUAGUUGCCAUAUCUUAUAUUAUUUAUCGUAAAAAAAUUAAUAGAAAAUUUAAAAACAAAUUAAAAAUGAUUGAAUUAUCAAAUAAAUAA